AUGCCUGGUUUUGAGUAUUCCUCAAGUCCUCCUUCAACACCAAACAGAAGCAUCAAUAGUAGAUUCAGUUUUGGAAAUUCAAAUAAUCCAUCGACUACGCCAGCUGGAGCUCCGCAUUCAUCUGCUGGCUCUUAUACCCCUGCUGGACCAGCACCAUCAUCCUUUCUUGAAAGCACGAUGCGAAGCCCAACCCCAAAUAAGUCGGCCUUUGGAUACUCGGAAUACUCACAGCAAUCAGACUUCGACCAAUCACAAUUAAACUUCGGUCAUUCUGAGCUUCAGAGUCCGCAGUUUUCCUCUCCUCUGUUCACACGACCAGCGUCAAAACCGCAAAGAGAGGUAUUUGGCAGUAAAUCUCAGAAGUCGCAAAGGAACUUACGAUCGCCAUCGAGAAGUGAGGAGGAAGAGGAAGAAGAAGAUGAUGAAAAUACCGGAUUUGAUACAAAUACUCGCAAGCGUUACGCACAAUCAUUCGACGAUGACCAGGAUAUGAGAAGUGAAGAUGGCGACUACGAAGACGAAGACGUGGACGAUUAUCGAUCCGAGUCGCGAGGGACAAAGUCAAUGAAACGCAAUAUAUAUAAUCAGCACAGCAAUUCAGUCCGGUUUGCCAGUACAUCUGGAAGUAUGCGACAGAGUAAGGGAAAUCAAUUGGUAGACUUUCGAGGUUCUUUAGCGGAACCACAGGGGGAAAAGGUACAAUCGUCGGAUUUUGCUAGUAUUGCGAAAACCAUAUCUCAAGGCCUGGGAAUUCCUGCUGUGGACGAAGAAGAUGAUUUAAUAUUGAAGACGGAGGCAAUAAUCACAAAACUCUACGACCAGGGAGUGGGAAAGGCAGAUAACGAGGAAAAACUCCAGCGUGCUUUGGCAGUUAUACCUAGCGAGUUAACAGCACUUUGGCAGGAGUACAGCGAACGAAGCCCAGUCGACAAUGAAGAGGAAUAUGCUUCAGUCAUUGGUCCGGGUCCAGCAGCCUCAGAAUUUGCAAAGGCCAACUACUUGGCUCAUCUUGCAUUGCAAAUCCAUCACUCUAAACCGGUGGAAAAAGGAUCUGGAACUGUGGUUAAACCUCUUCCCCAAAUUCUGCUAGAUUGGCUAGAUGAAUAUCAUAAUCCAUUUCGACAUCAACUUCCAGAUAUUCAAUUCAAUAGACCGAGUCCGGCUGCCCAUCAAUUAUUCUGGACCACCAUGCAUAACAACAUCGUUCGUGGGAAAGUUAUGACUGUCAUCAAUUACCUUAAAAGUGCUGGUUGGAGAUACUCAUGGUCUGAUGCAGAUGAUGUGGCUGCUCAAGGCGGAGCAGAUGGCUUUACUGGGGUGGCAUUGGCUAAUGUUGAAAAAGUUGUAGAUGAUGCGAUCAAUGUUCUUUCACUAUGCCCUGCAGUACAUGGAGAUUGGAAUAUUCAUGGGAGUGACUGGAAACUAUUUCGACUUCGGAUAUCACAGGCCAUUGAAGACCUAAAACAUUUUGCAGAAGGGGGUGCUCACCAUGAGCCAGCUCGUGGGCCCUCCAUCAGAAGCAGCCGAGGUGGAGAAUAUAGUAACCUUGCAAAGAGAGCCGCAAGUAGGGUACCGUGGAAUAUUUACCAGAAUCUACUUACACUUUACAGCUUGGCUAUGGGAGAGUCAAUUCCCAUUAUUGAAAACUCCCAGGAUUGGUGUGAAGCGACCAUCGGUUUGCUUCUGUGGCAUGAUGAGGAAAAAGACCAGAGGCGUUUAGCUCCUGGGCGAUCGAUCAAUAGCCUUCGCGCUUCUGUCAUGAAUUACGAGUCGGGAAACGAUAUUCGGAAACUUCGACGAGCCUUUGAGGUUGUAGCUGCUAGCAAUACCGACUUCCAUGUCAAUAGUAAUGACAUGGUUGAGGUGGGAUUAGCUUGCCUCUUUCAAGGUGACACUGAAUCUCUUAUUUGCAUCUUGCGUGCUUGGUCCGGACCUGUGUCGUCAGCUUUGGCAGAAGUAGCAUCAUUGACUGGAUGGCUCCCUCGCACCGAACCCCAAGGACUCCUCGCAGCGGGCGAGCUUGAUCAAGAAGACCUUGAUCUUAUCAAUUUUGGCGGAUCAACAGUACAAGACGGUGUGAAAGACCUUACUCUCAUCACGUAUGCAAGGUCUUUACAGGACGUGCCAGAAUUGUCUGCUGUGAUUGGACACGCCGAGAUAAAAAAAGAAGGCUGGGAACUGGCUAUCGCUGUACUGGGUAGACUUGACUCGGAAAAACGAUCUGAAGACAUGGUGGAGGAAAUUAUGAGAACAGUCAACCUCGAUAGUGCUGGAAUCGUCGAUAAACUUUGGCGAUUACUCAAUGAUCUUGGCAUGAGUUCUCAAGCCGAGGCCAUUGCAAUGUCAUAUGCCGACUCACUUGCCAGAGACAAUAUUUCACCUGGUGAAGCAUUAUGGUAUUACGCUUUAGCUCAUAAUUCUGCCAAGGUCAAGGAUGUUCUUGAUACACUCAUUCAAUUAUGUCUAGUAUACUCGACAGCAUAUCCUCCAGAGACUGAACUAGAUGACCAUUUACAACGCCUAAUCUCAUCUCCAAAGAACGCCAUAAGUGAAAUGUCUAGCAUGGACAUCGAAGCAGCAGAACUCGUUCACACUUCAUUAAGUGGCUACGCAACACUUCGCAGAUUUUAUACUCUCAGAGAUCAAGAGGUCGCGUUAUCACCGGGUACUAAGCCAUCAAUGGGUGCAAUCGUCAGAAGAUCAGAAGCAGCCAACGCUCUCCUGGCACUGAUAAUCAGUUCCGACGACAACAUCCGCGGUGGCAUCUACGACGAAGCACGUGGAGCCGUCAUUCCCAUUCAUUACAUCCUGGCACUUUUAGGUGAAGCCAUGCCCUUCGUCAACCAACCAGAUUCCCUCCUCAGCACCUCUCAAAUUGACAUACUCCUUCGCACAAUGGAAGAUAUCCAAGGUAUUGGUCCACGCAUCUACUCCGUCUGCAAUGCCUUCCUUGAAACAGUCAUCAAAAAUGCUUCAGGUCUCAAAGGCUCUAACCCCAUGGAUUUACUAAGCAAAUCAUCCAGCGGCACAAGUGGAAGUUUCUCGAUGGUAGGUAGCUCGAUGAUGGCUUCACAAUUCCACAAAUCAGUUACAGCGAGUGGACUAUUGAAUAAGGAGAAUAUCAACAGAGGAUGGGAUUGGAGGAAGGGAAUAAAGGCGGGGAUGACGGCGGAGGAUAUUUUGAGAAUGUUGAGAUUGGGGUUGGCCAAGGAUUUGGCGAGAGCUUGGUUAGAGGAGACGGAUGACAUGUCGUGA